UCCUGUGCCUGUGCUAUGUCAAUGUGGCAGUUUGCAGCAUGGGAAUUUGAAAAUGUCAAAUAAUCAAACAUAUUCUGUGUUUUGUGGAUUUAGGGGUGGUCUGUACAGUAAUUAUGUCAGUUAUCAAAUAACUUGUGCUUGGUUUAUUCCAUCUGAAAUCAUCAGAGGCCUUUUGCUCGACCAUCUCUUUUAUUUGUUUGAAACUUUUUCAUCAUAAAGCCUGAUUUUUAAAAUGGUGUCUGAAAUUUUAGCUUGAUACAACAAAUACUUUGAGAUAAUUUGUAGGAAAACAGUUGCCUGUUUUUCAUGCAUUCAAAUUUGAGGAAAUGUUUGAAGGAAGACAUCUCAAACUAUCAAAGGUCAAAACCUGAAAACUUAUGAAGUUCAUUUUUACCAUUUCAUUUAGUGUGAUUUUUCAUGACUUAAAAUAUUAAAAAAUAUUGAAGCUAUCAUGAAAAAUCCCAUUUUUGAACACACAUUGGAAAAAACGAUAAUAGAGAUGUCAACUCGUGAUAUUUUCUGAAUCAUGUGUACUUUCAUGUCAUCACAUAAAAAAAAUAUGGAAUAUACAAUAUAAUAAUACUUGGUCGCAAAAAAUGUUUUUGUGAAAAUUUCCUAACUGAUUGCGAAAAGUGAAAAUUAUGCCCAUAUUUGACAAAAAUUUUUAUUCAAAUUAAGAGAACCAUGUUGAAACUCCUGAACUCUUUUUUGUUUGAAUUGGAGACAUCAGCAAUAUUGUUUUUUUUUCUGGUCCAACUUCAUACUUGUUCAGUCAGUUAUGAAAUAUGUGAUCAGUAUUACAGAUCGUGGAUCAAUUUCAUGAUGAAAAUAACAACGCAAUGAGAUGUCAUUCAAACAACCUCAAAUUUCAAUGUGUAAAACUACCUGCUGAAUACCUGUGGAAGGAUCUGCUUGUUUGUUGCUUGGUUUAGAUAUCUGCUGUAUUCAUGAUUGAAAGCUACAUUUUAGACACUGUGUAAGAUUAAAAACUUGUGAGAUGUUUUUGUCCAUCAGAUGACAUCAGCUGACCACUAAAUGAAUAUUCAUGUUGUUUGUAUUCCAGAUAAUCAUGGUAUUAUCCUGGUGAGCCCUGCCCAUCCUGUGACUGAGGGAGAUUCUGUUACUCUUGGCUGCAGGUUGACGACACAAAAUGUUCUUUCUAAUGUGCUUUUCUAUAAAGAUGACAAACUCAUCCAAAAUGAUUCCAGAGGAGAGAUGAGCAUCUCUGCAGUGUCAAAGUCUGAUGAAGGUUUCUACAAGUGUCAACACUCAGGAAAAGAAUCACCACAGAGUUGGAUGGCAGUGAAACAGUCCAGUUCUGAAAACUCUUCCUUUCCUGCUCUGCUGAUCACUGGGCUGGUUUGUGGAGUUUUACUGAUCAUUCUUCUGCUGCUGUUGUGUUGCUGCAAACAGUCAAAGGAUUCAUGCUUCAUCAGGUCUCAGAGCACAAAUCAGCGCUCUGCUACAGACGACACCAUCAACCAGGAUGAAGCUCUAAACAAUGAAUGCGCCUUUCCUGUCAACUGUGAUGCUUGUCUCUAUGAAUCGAUCAAAGACACUGAUAAAGAUGAAUCCUCAGAUGUCGCAUAUUCUGCGAUUGAGCUUAAAAACGUGGCUAACAAGGGGACGAGGAAGAGUCCAGAGGAGAGUGCAGUUUACGCUGUUGUGAAGAAACGAUCAUCUACAGAUGACAGUCUGACGUACGCUCAGGUUCUCUACCACAAGAAAGGUAAAGCCAAGAGAGACAAAGGAGAAUCAGCAGCUGAAGAAAGUUUAUUCUGAAGUGAAACCAGGAAGAGCUGCAGACCAAUAAAGAGUUGCUACACUACAUCCAGUGAAACAGCAGAUAAAUUACAAAGUGUCAACAUUUAAGAGAUUAAUAUGACCUUAAUCUCCUGUUUAUAAUGUAAAUAUUCCCGUUGUGUGAUCAUUUAUUCCACAGAGCAGCAGUUUUCAGUGAAGUUUCAAGUGUGACUUUAAAGUCGGCAUGUUUUUUGUGUCAUCAGACAUCAUUUCCUGUUAGAUGAUCAGAGCGUUUUCAAUUUCCUUUAUUUACAAUGGGUUUGAAUACAUUAGUAUUCAGAAGAACAUAAAAUAUUUAAGUGUCAUCUUUAUUGAUAAAGCUUUGGUGUUUUCACAAUUUAAUGUAUGAAUAGUCUUGUUUUUCAUAUCACAGGCUGUUUGUGUGUAUAAUAGUGAUGUAAUUGUGUGUUAAAUGUGAUUGUCUUCACACAGAGAGGUCUUGGUUUAUAUAAAUAAAGUUUGAUUGAUUCAUUGUGUUCCUGGAUCACUUGUUGAGCAGGUUUUGGGUUUGCUUGGAUGCAUUGAGUGUGUUAAUGGGCACAACUUUUUGUAUAUAUAUAUAUAUUCGUAUGUUUGAGCUUGAGCAACUGUUAUAAACUGAAUUUGAAUCUCAUGAUAUAUGCUUCUGAACUUGAAUCACAAAUAAAAAUGUGAACAAAUACAGUGGGCACGGAAAGUA